UGAGUCUGAGCCCAUUUGGAAGGUUACUGUUUAAAGUCAGCAUGGAUCAUCCAGGAGGACACCUUGCUGUGGUUCUGUUCCUACUUGUUCUGGUUUCUUUGUCCACCGAAAACAACAUUAUCAGGUGGUGCACAGUGUCUGAUGCUGAAGAGCAAAAGUGUUUGGAUCUAGCUGGGAACGCCACAGCCAGGAACAUCCGCGGACAACUCCUUUGUGUGAGGGGCCAAAGCCCCAGUGACUGCAUGAAGCAAAUUAAGAAUGGCACUGCAGAUGCCUCUACUAUGUAUGCUGAUGAGAUCUACACAGCUGGGUUUUGCUAUGGCUUAGAUGUGGCUGUGGGAGAGUCUUAUAAUGGUGUGGAUGGCAUUAAUUAUUACGUGGUUGCACUGGCACGGACAUCAUCCAGUGAUCUAUCACUACUGGAGAUGCACGAACGCAGCUCCUGUCACCCAGGGAUGCGGACUACAGUGGGCUGGACCGUCCCCAUCGGCUUCCUGGUCAACACAUCACAGAUCAGUGUGGAUGAGCAGUGCAACUUUCCCCAUGCGGUAGGAGAUUUCUUUGGGUACAGCUGUGUCCCAGGAGUGAAGGACCCAGAACAUGAUCCCAAAGGAAAUAACCCAAGGAACCUGUGUGAGGCCUGCAUUGGGGAUGAGAAUUCUAACCAGGAGUCCUGGGCGUUGGACCUGGAGCUGGAAGACUUGAAGCUCUUGUGUCCUGACGGGAGAGAAGCUAACCUGUUCCAACAUGAGAGCUGCCACCUGGCUGUGGUGCCAACCAAUGCUGUGGUAGUGCGUUUGGAGGACAAAUGCCGUGUUUACAAGUUCUUGGAACGUGUACAGAAUGCAUUUGCUAAUGCCACUGAAGGAUUCUCUCUGUUCAGCUCGGUGAAUUAUGGGCAACCUGAUGUGCUGUUCAGCGAUUCCACCACAAAGCUGCUGCGUGUUAUGGGGACCUACACUUCCUGGUUGGGGCCCAGUUACACCACCAUACUGAAGGCUUUUGAGUGUGAAGGUUUGUGUUAAUCUGAUGAGGAAAAAGGAAACUAUAGAUCUCCCCUCCAUCCUUCUCACACUAACUCUAAAGCACUCUGUGUUAAGUGUUACUCUCGUAUAUGGGCUGAAAGCCAACUCUCGCCUGUACUUUGUAGUACUGCUAUUACUGUUCUGUUCUCACAGUGUUUAUAUGGCUUCAUAUAUCACAUUUACUUGAUAUUACACCUCUUUGGGUCUUUGCCACUAAAGCUAGGUUCCUGCCAUGUGAAAAAUACAAAAAAUAAACACUAAAACGUCUAAACUUCUAUGCAGAAAAGCACUGCAGGGGAACACACCACAAACCAUGAAGGGAUUCUGCCUUGACCGUUGUUAGUACAUCCAAAUAAAUUCAUUACAAACCAACAACCAACAACACAUUCUGCCU